CAUCAAUUGGAGGUGGAAAUUAUGAAACAACUUGGACUACUACUAAAUCAGAUGGAUCAUUUGUUACAGAAUCAGGAAUUGUAUCUCGAUCUGGAUCUUCAUUAACUACAAUCACUACCUUUGCUCCUGAAAUUUCAUCAUCAUCAAUCGGAGGUGGAAAUUAUGAAACAACUUGGACUACUACUGAAUCAGAUGGAUCAUUUGUUACUGAAUCUGGAAUAGUAUCAAAAUCAGGUGAAUCAUUAACUACAAUCACUACAUUUGCUCCUGAAUCUCCUACAAGUGGACCUCAAUAUCCAUACUGGAACUCAUCAUCAUCUAUAGUGCCAUCAACACCACUCACCUCAAGUUUGGGAGAAUUGAAUUCAGUAACACCUUCAACUCACAAUGGAAAUUUAGGUCAAACCAUUGAAACUGAUGAAAGUCAUAGGGAGUCAUCUACAGUAAUCGUUGGUCAAGGAAAUGGUAAUCAACAUGAAUCUACUAUAGCUAAUGGUCAAACUGAAGUUGCUGUUACAUCCAACGCCGUUGAAACUAAUGCUGAAUCUGAAGGAGCUGCCAAUACACCAGUUGCUAGUGCUGAUACUCCUGUUGUUACUGCUGAUACUCCUGUUGCUACUGCUGAUACUUCUGUUGUUACUGCUGAUACUCCAGUUGCUUCCGUUGAUAUUCCAGUUGCUACUGCUAAUACUCCAGAUGCUACUGCUAAUACUCCAGAUGCUACUGCUAAUACUCCAAUCACCACUGCUACUACUUCAACUAAAUCAGAUGAAACCGGAGAAACAAACGAUACAGAAAUUAGUCAAACAACAAUUGCAGGUGACUUUGGUUCGGACUCAGCUGUUUCAACUUCAAUAUCUACUGAAAUUAGUCCAAUUACAACAUUAAGUCAACAAUCUACAUCAAUAGUAUCAUCAAUUCCAUCAGUUAGUACUUAUGAGGCAUCAGGUUCUGCUUUGAAAGUUUCAACAAUAUUCAGUUUAUUGGUGACUAUUCUUUCAAUCAUGUUUUAG